CACCCGCACGAGAAGGAGGAGCAGCAGCAAGAGCCGCGCCGGCCAUUUUUGCUCGGUUGUGUGCGCGCGAGCUUGCGAGGAUGAGCAGCUCGUCGUCCGAGGAGCCCAGGAACGCCAAGUACGCCGGGGUCCGCCGGAGGAAGUGGGGCAAGUGGGUGUCGGAGAUCCGGGUCCCCGGCACGCAGGAGCGGCUCUGGCUCGGCUCCUACACCUCCCCCGAGGGCGCCGCCGUCGCCCACGACGUCGCCUCCUACUGCCUCCGCGGGCCCUCCUGCCUCGACAAGCUCAACUUCCCCUCGCUGCUGCCGCCCAGCGCGCGGCCCGGCGUGUCGCCGAGGUCGGCGCAGAGGGCCGCCUCGGACGCCGGCAUGGCGGUCGACGCGCGGUACAUCGCCAGGAGGUCGGACGAGGAAGCGGACAGGACGAGCCCCGGCCACCGACCAGAGGUCGGUUGGGAGUGUGCGCAAGGGAAUGAGGCUUCUUCCGGGACGCGGGGAGGGAGAGGAGGAGGUGAUGGUUUGAGCAUUUCGGUGGAUGACUACCUGUGAGCAUUCCUUUACACAUUUUAGCUUGUGUAUACUACUAGAUUUAGAACGACACUACUCGACUGCGAGUUUACGACGUGUUCUGACUGCUUGGUGGAACCGAAAAUAAUUAGAUAAGACUCAUUUCAUGAACAG